CUGCAAAAUCUGGGGAAGCUCCCAGCAGGAUACCCUUCUCUUCCUGUUUCUCUGCAAAUAUGCGUGCUGUCAGAAGAACUCGUAACCUUUCUCGCCGGCUUUUGGCAGCGAAUGCGGUUUCAUGCGUUCGCCGGAGUUCCACAGCUGCAACUACCACCACUAUCAAGCCGCUCACCUCAAUACUGAUUGCAAACCGUGGAGAGAUUGCUCUACGGGUCGGCCGUACGGCUUCAGAGUACGGAAUUCGCACGACAACGCUCUACACUGACCCUGAUGCCCACUCACAGCACGCGCUGAGCUCUCCGUAUGCCAUCAAUCUUGGGGAGCCUUCAGCAUAUCUUGACGGAGACCGGAUAAUACAAAUUGCAAAGGAGCAAGGAUGCCAGGGCAUCCACCCAGGUUAUGGCUUUUUGAGCGAGAACCCUACGUUUGCGCGGAAGUGCACAGAGGCCGGCCUGACGUUCAUUGGUCCGCCUUCCUCAGCCAUUGAGGCUAUGGGAAGCAAAAGUGAAUCCAAAAACAUCAUGAACGCGGCCGGUGUACCCUGCAUCCCUGGCUAUCAUGGCUCCAACCAAGAUCCAGAGCACCUCAAGAACGAAGCGGCGAAGAUUGGCUACCCUGUUCUCCUCAAAGCAGUGAAGGGUGGAGGAGGAAAGGGUAUGAGAAUCGUUAACAGCCCAGAGGAGUUCUACGAUCAGCUGGCAUCUGCCAAGUCAGAAGCCCGCAACUCCUUCGGCGACGAAGUCAUGCUUGUGGAGAAAUACAUUACGACUCCUCGACACAUUGAAGUGCAGGUCUUCGCAGACAAGCAUGGCAAUUGCGUUGCCCUGGGCGAGCGUGAUUGCAGCAUUCAACGCCGCCACCAGAAGAUCCUAGAAGAGUCGCCGGCACCGCAUCUGAAAGAGGAGAUCAGGCAGGAUAUCUGGGAGAAAGCUCGAGCAGCAGCUCUCGCUGUGGGCUAUGAAGGUGCUGGAACCGUCGAAUUCAUCUUCGAUAACGACACUGGCGAGUUCUUCUUCAUGGAAAUGAACACGAGGUUGCAAGUCGAGCAUCCCGUGACAGAAAUGGUCACUGGCGAGGAUCUCGUGAGAUGGCAACUCAUUGUUGCGGAAGGAGGCCGUCUGCCGCUCACCCAGGAGCAAAUCGAGCAGAGGAUUAAGGAGCGUGGAGCUGCUAUCGAAGCCAGAAUAUAUGCCGAGAACCCGGACAUGAACUUCAUCCCCGAUUCAGGACGUCUGAUCCACCUUCGCACACCUCGUCCUACCGACACCGUCCGGAUAGAUGCGGGCUUCGUUGCUGGCGAUGAAGUCUCUUCUCACUACGACCCUAUGAUUGCGAAGCUCAUCGUUCAGGGUCCAACGAGAGAGGCUGCAAUCCAGAAGCUUCGUGCUGCACUGGAGGAAUAUGAGGUCGCUGGGCCGAUUACAAAUAUCGAAUUUCUGAAGCGGUGUUGCACCAGCCCCGACUUCGUCGCAGGUAAAGUUGAAACCGGCUACAUCCAAAAGCACCCCGAACUCUUCGCGCGCGAACCCUGGGCACCGGAAGUGUACGCCCAGGCAGCGCUCGGUCUUGCGCUCCAAGAGAUUCAAUCAGCACGCAGCGAUCCCUUCUCCGCACCACCGGUUACAGCUGUUGGUUUCGGAACAGGAUAUCAACAGCGCGAGUUCAAUCUCGUCGAGAUCCCCGCCGAUGGCAAAGGCGAUGACACUUCCACCUCUGUCAAAGUGCGGCAGACAGCUCCCUUCAGGUUCGACAUCACCGUCGGCGACAAGGAGUACCGCGACGUCACCAGCACACUCGACAGCUCCAACAAUCUGUCGUCCUUCUAUCCCCACACCCGCCUAUCCACCACUUUCAUUCGUGACGAAGACCGCCUUACGCUCUUCCAGCAAGGUAAGCAGUACAGGCUCCAGGUGGCUAUGCCGAAGUGGGCAGAAAAGGCGUUAGGCAUCAAAGAUGUGACCAACAGCGUUCUUGCGCCCAUGCCUUGCAAAAUACUGAGGGUGGAGGUCGCGGAGGGUGAUGCCGUGAAGAAGGAUCAGCCGCUCGUGGUGAUCGAGAGUAUGAAGAUGGAGACGGUGAUUCGGAGUCCGCACGACGGCGUGAUUGCUAAGGUUGUGCACAAGAAAGGGGAUCUGUGCAAGGCGGGCACUGCGCUCGUGGAGUUCGUUGAGGAAGAGAAGUAAGCUGAUUGUGAUGUGCUGUAUGACAAACGAGUUUUCUGUGUCUGUUUCUGAUCUGGCGUAUGGUUGUUUAUAGCGAGGACGUACGUGACCGGAUCAUCUCGGCGUUGUCAUGUACUGCAAAGCCGUCCCUGUUUAAAGAUAGUUCCAAUGAAGCC